GAAAGAAGAGAAGGAAAAAAUAAAACAGUGCUUCUUCGGUUCUCUUCACACGCAGAGCAGGGGAACUUGGAGCGAGGUCAGCAGCGAGAUGGACUGAAAAUCACUUAGAGAUGCAGUUCGUCCGGCGUCCGAAGUAGUAUUCAGUUGAGCUCCUUUGGGUGACAUUUCCCCCGCCGAUGACUACUCCCGGAAGGUCUACCGCCAAGCGUACACACAAUCAGCCUGAGCCAAUUGAUCCUGGGCAUGUUUACAAUGUGCCUCCUCUGAAUGCUAUACCCCUGAAUUAUUUCGACCCGUUUGUAGCAAAUGAUGAUGCUAAUGCUGCUGCUGCUGAUAACAAUGGUGGUGCUGAAGCUGAUGAUCCCCCAGUCGAACCGACAAACACAGAAGACCCAUCCUUGGUUUUCUUUCCUAAUGGAACAACUGAGGCCGAGUUUGCCAAUAUCUUGAACAGAAACAGAGGAGCUAUUGCCCUCUCCGGGGUCGCAGCUAUGCAGAAGAUUGGUUCAGGUAUUGGACAAAUGAACAUUGGGGAGAGUGACGGGUUCUACAUAUUCCGUGUCUCUCUUCCUGGAGUGUCUGGAAAUGAUAGGAGCUUCAGUUGUGUUGUAGAUCCAACUGGGAUGGUGGAGAUACAAGGGGUGACCACCACCGGGGAGCAGGUUGUUGAAAAACCUCCUCAAGUCUUCUUCAUGGAGACUCAAAACCUCUGCCCACCAGGACCCUUCAGCAUCAAGUUCAGGCUUCCUGGUCCAGUUCUUACCGACCAACUCAGAAGCUCUUUCGUCGAUGGUAUGUUCGAGGGAAUUGUGAAGAAAAUGUCCUGAAAACAAAGUUUAGCUCCCCCAUAGGAAUUGAAUGUGCCGUUUUCUUUGGAACAGUGAACUCAGAACUAGCUGACUGGUUCUUUAUUAGUAGGCUGUAACAUACAGUUGGCCAGGCUCAUCUUUACCUUUGCUUUUACAAUUCAGGGGUGAUUCUUAUGAACUUUUCUCGGUUUAUGUCUAAAUACUUGGUCAUUGCAGUUUUUACCUUGAAAUUUUGUCCUCUCAAUUGAUUGCCUUAGAAUUA